AUGGCGCCGGCACGUAUCAUGCAGAUUUCUGGAGCCCCGGAUCCAGGGUACAUCGCCCCGUCCGAGGCACACCACGACAACAAGUGGUACAAUCAAGACUUUGACGGGUACCGCAUUGCAGAGCAGCCGCUGUUCACGAGGCGGCGCCUGCGUGUGGUGUGUGUUGGUGCUGGAGCUGCCGGCCUCCAGCUGGCCUAUAAGGCCGAGAGGGCACUGGAGAACAUCGAGCUCCAGAUCUACGACAAAAACUCCGAUGUCGGUGGCACGUGGUUGGAGAACCGUUAUCCCGGAUGCACCUGUGACAUACCGUCUCAUUCGUAUCAAUAUACGUGGGCACGUAAUCCGAAUUGGUCCGCGUACUACUCGUCUUCGGAGGAAAUAUGGCAGUAUUUCAAGGAUGUUGCCGUCAAGUAUGAUCUGGAGAAAUACGUCCAACUAAAUACUAGAGUUCAGAGUGCUACAUGGGAUGAAGCUGGCGGGAAAUGGCGUCUCAAGCUUUUGGGGCCGAAGGGCAAGCCUGCGGAAGAUGAUUGUGAUAUUUUGGUCUCGGCUUCGGGGGUUCUGAACUCUUGGAAAUAUCCAGACAUUCCGGGAUCGGACGUCUUCAAGGGCAAGUUGAUGCAUUCGGCACAAUGGGAUCAGAAUUUCAAGUUUGACGAAAAUGUCCGAGUGGCCGUCAUAGGAGGAGGCAGCUCCUCUGUCCAGAUCGUGCCAUCGCUUCAGCCCAUGGUGAAGAAACUAACUGCGUUUCUCCGCUCGCCGGUCUGGGUUACUACGGGGUUUGGCGCAAAGCAUGCUGGGCCCGGCGGCACGAAUUUCACAUAUACGGAAGAACAGAAGAAAUCAUUCAAUGAGGAUCCUGGCUCCUACAUCAAGUAUUGUCGCGAUGUCGAGGGCGAGCUGAACAAGCGGUUCAAUUUGAUGCAUCUCAAUUCGGAGGAUCAGAACAGCUCUCGCCAGCUCAUUGCCAGUAUCAUGGCAGAAAAGAUCAACGACGAGAAACUCACAAAGAGGAUGGUUCCAAAAUUUGCCCUCGGUUGCCGAAGAAUGACACCCGGCUCCGGCUACUUGGAGAGUCUGACUAAAGAUAACGUCGAGGUUGUGCAUGAGAGUGUGGUAAGGCUGACUGAGACUGGCGUCGUUGAUGAGUCUGGGAUCGAGCAUGAGGUAGAUGUCGUGGUCUGUGCCACUGGCUUCGAUACCUCGUUCACACCCCAUUUCAAGGUCACUGGCAGGAAAGGCGCCGAUAUCAAAGGACAAUUUGGCGACUUCCCCAGGGGCUAUCUAGGGAUCGCCGCCGAGAACUUCCCAAACCUUUUUCGGCCAAGCAGCCCAGCAAGCCACGGCAGCAUUCUGCCCAUUCUGGAAUGGUAUACUCGCUAUAUGUUUCAGGUGGUGGACAAAAUGCAGACGGAGAACAUCAAGUCGUUCGAGCCUAAGGCUGGCGCUAUCAAAGACUUUUAUAACCACACGCAUGAGUUAAUGAAGCGAUUGGCUUGGUCAGCUCCAUGUCGAUCCUGGUUUAAGAACGGGAAUAUCCAUGGGCCAGUGACGGCAAUCUAUCCCGGUUCCCGUCUGCACUGGUUCGAGAUGCUCCGAAACGUGCGCUGGGAGGAUUACGAGAUUGAGUAUAGAACAGGCAACCGAUUCCAGUUCAUGGGGAACGGUUUCAGUCAGGUCGAAUGCGACCCAGAUGCUGAUCCAGUUUGGUAUUUCGAUGACCCGUUCACCCAGAUAUAG